AGGCGCCGUGGUCCCGGUGAUUUUGGAUGUGACCUUGGAGGACACCGUGGUCACAGCGGCACGCUUCAUCCAGGAGGAGCAGCGGCCACUGGUGGGCCUGGUGAACUGCGCGGGGCUCUCCCGGCGCUUGCCGUUGGAGCUGGAACCCAUGGAGGCGGUAAAGGAGUUGUAUGAGGUGAACGUCUUUGGUGUGACACGUGUGGUCCAGCACUUUCUGGAGAUGCUGCGGUGCUCCAAGGGACGGAUCAUCAACAUUGGUUCAGUGGCGGCCCUGCUGCCGCACCGCGGCAGUAGCAGCUACAGCGGCAGCAAGGCGGCGCUGGAGAUGAUCACGGACACGCUGCGCUUGGAGCUGGCGCCCUGGGAGAUCUCGGUGAGCAUCGUGGAGCCGGGCUACGUGAAGACGCCCCUGGCAGCCAAGCAGAUGGGCGACAACGCCCCGUGGCGCCAGGUGGAUCCUGUGAAGCGCCAGUGGUACCAGGACUGGAUCGACAGCGCCGAUCGCAGCCGCCAACAGGCGCACGACUUGGCGCCGGGGCCGGAGGUGACCAGCGCGGCCAUCCUGGACGCCUUGAGGAAUCCAAAACCCAAGACGCGUUAUGUCGUGGCCAACGUGAAGCAUUUUCCCGCCUGGACGUUGACCACUUUGGCCUGGCUCCUACCAGAUCGAAUCAAGGACUUGAUCGUGAAAAAGUUUUGAAGUGAACGGAACCGCAAACGAAGAACAUCGAAGAACCAUAGCUUUGGUGGAUAUCGGAUGAUGCUUCCAAGAUGCUACAUAAACCAUGCACCUGUCCAUUCCGUUUCUAUUGAUACACUGGGGUGCCAAAAAAACUGGCCGGUCGUUUGGACUGCUGCGGUGGAAAAGC